CACUGACGCAGACAGUCGACUCUCGAACGAAUCGGUCGCGGUUGUUUUACGGUUUUUUGUUUGUCUAUAAGAUAUCCCUUUCGCAGCGAAGGAAACCGAAAAUGCACUUGGAAAGUCAGUCGUAGGCGGGACGAAAAUAGCGGUAAGCUACUAACUGUUUUCUGGCCGGGAAAGAAGUGCGCGAGCCAAUUGGAAGUGCAGUUCGAAAUGCAAGCGGAGAAAAGUGUCGGAUUCGGUGCGAAAAUCCGCGAAUAAUUGUAUGCGAUUUCCCGAGGAAAACGGAAAAUUAAGCGUCUGUCUGCUGGCCCACUGUGUGUGUGUGUACGUGUGUCUGUGAGUGUAUAACAUUACGGAAAACAAAACAACAACAGCAGCAACAACAAGGCAGUCAGGAUCACGGUUCUUCGGGGUAGUUUGUUUGAGUUUGAACAAAGCAAAGCAAACGCAAAAGCAGGGCAAAGCACACGAAACUGGGUGGGAGAGAGAGAGAGAGAGCAAACAGAGGGGGAUAACGGGAGAAUACACCCCACACACACUCACUCCCGCUUCUAUCCUUUGUGUGCGCUUUUGCCGCCUGGAAAUGCAAUGCUACAACAACAACAACACCGGGACAUGAUGGGUUGCCGGAGUGCAAACAAAAACAACAUCGCCUAAUUGUCUGCAGCAUCGUCGGCCGAAAAAUCAAGCAAACGAUAGACUUAAGCCGCCCUUGGAUAUUUUCCAGUCGGAAGUGCACCAUAACAACACAAGGCAUACUGAAAUAGCUUUUUCUUUCCCAUCAAAAUGGAGGAAAACAAAAAAUAAAAGUCACCCAAAUAAAAACUGAUAACGAGUAAUUGAACGACGAACGAAACCAAUCGACAUACAUACCUGCAAAACCAGCUAACACUAAAAAACAUGGAUCUAAGUCUGGAACGCGAUAGCUCCGCGCUGGGUAGUCUGUUUCAGCAGAUUAUCAAUGACAUGAAGAAUACUUCGCCCCUGUGGGAGGACUUUGUGGCUAAGGCCGGAAAACUACACACUUGCUUAAGGGCCGCCAUCCAGGCAAUCGCCGCCUAUUUGGACGCCUUCCAAAAGAUAGCCGAUGCGGCGACCAACUCAAGAGGCGCCUCAAAGGAGAUCGGCACCGCCCUGACCCGCGUUUGCCUCCGACACAAGGCGGUGGAGACACGUCUGAAAACCUUCACCAGCGCCAUAAUGGAUUGCCUGGUGCAGCCGCUGCAGGAGAGGAUCGAGGACUGGAAGCGCACGGUGGCCACCAUCGACAAAGACCAUGCCAAAGAGUACAAGCGCUGUCGCACUGAACUGAAGAAGCGCUCCAGCGACACGCUGCGCCUGCAGAAGAAGGCGCGCAAGGGUCAGACGGACGGAUUGCAGUCCCUGAUGGACUCGCACAUGCAGGAUGUCACCCUGCGCCGCGCAGAACUCGAGGAAGUCGAGAAGAAAUCCUUGAGGUCGGCCAUGGUGGAGGAGCGUCUUCGCUACUGCAGCUUUGUCCACAUGCUUCAGCCAGUGGUGCACGAGGAGUGCGAGGUCAUGUCAGAGUUGGGUCACCUACAGGAAGCCAUGCAGUCAAUUGCGCUAGUGACCAAGGAACCCAGUGUCCUGCCCCAGGCCUCCGAGGAGCUAAUUCACGACGCUAAGGCCAGCAUUAAUCUGUACCCGGAGUCUCCAGGUGGCGGUUCCGGCUCGCAGGGCGGCGGCUGCUCCAACUCGCUGGGUUCCCGAAAGAGCUCCGUCUGUUCCAUCAGCAGCAUGAACAGCAGCGGCUCGAGCAACUCUCCCGGUCACCAUCACUAUCCGCGCUCCUUGUCGCAGACCUCGAAUGCAACGAAUCAAACGGCAAAUGUCUCAACCUGGCCCCCACAUUCCCAGGAUGGCGUCGACACACUGCCACCGACCGCGGACCGUCCGCACACCAUUUCGACGGCAUACGAGAAGGGUCACCAGCGUCCUCCACUGACCGUCUACACGUUCCAAAACCCGGAGACUAUUCACGAGUCGGGCAGCUGCUUGAACAACGGAACCGCAGCCCCGAAUGGACAGCCCUUGUCUGGACAAGCCACUCCGGCCACCCAGAAAUCCCCGGCUGCCUCACUUAGUCGGCCCCCCUUGCCAGUUCGCUGCUCGUCGCUGGAGCGACCCCUUUCGGCCCAGAGUAACCACCGCCAGGGAAGUGGGAGCAACCUGCUGCAGCGCCAGUGCCCCUCACCGAUUCCGGCUCAUAUCACGAAAGAGCUGUCCGCAGCGCAUCAUGCACAGCAGCAGCAGCAGCAACAGCAGAAUCAGCAGCCUCAGACGCCACCCACCUAUGUGAACAUGUCUGAGCUGGCCACCAUGGCAGCUUUGAAGCAAACCAACCAGCAGCAAAAGACCUCUACGCCGCCUCUGCAGCAGCAGAGCUCCAUUGACUCGACCUGCUCCCAGCAUUCCAACGACUCCACCGGCUCGCAUCAGCUCCUCCAGCAGCAGCAGCAACAUCCAUCGCAGCAGAAUCACCACUCAGCCACUGCCACACGCUCCCAUUCCAUAUCCUCGACGGCCUCGUCACUGCACUCGCAUCCGUCGAUCGACUCCACCGUCGCUUGCGGCUCGCUGGUGGGCCAACACAACCACAGCACCAGCACCAACACGAACACCAACACCACCUCGCCGUCCAGUGGCAGCUCCACGCCACAGAACCAUUACUCGCCCCUGCUAACCAACUCCCCCACGUCCACUGCCGCAGGUACUCCCAGUGGCAGCAGCUUGGGUCCUGGGUCCGGUUUGGGAUUUGUCUACCAGGUCAGCUCCCCGACACCUCCCUCCAGCGAGGUGCUAAAGAUCACCGAGCAAGGCGCAGCAGGACAGGAUCAGGGUACAGGAUCAGCCAACAGCGUAGCAGAUGAGAUGGAUGAGCGAUCAAGGGCCUCUGUCCUGCAGAAGGCUUCAAUGUUCGAAAAGGCGGCAGCUGCGGCUGCGGUUGCGGUCUCGCCUCCAGCGUCCAUUCAGGUUGCAUCCAGUGCCCCAGCUUCGGGAGGCGGAACUCGACGAUCCGAGGCGGAGCAGCAGGAAAUGGACAAAUCUUUCGAAGAUUCAAUACAAGCACUAAAUAAUUUAAUUGGCGAACUAGACUCCUUUCAACGCGAGAUAGAUGAGGGCAAGGUCAAGCCGCCAUCGAGCACCAACAACACAAGCAGCAGCAACAACAAUAUGACCACCAGCAGCAACAGCAGCAGCGACAACAACAACCCGCCCGCCACUAGCAACAUCGAGCCCUGCGCCAUCAGCAAUCAGACGAACUCGAGCGGCUGUGGAACAGACAUAUCGGACACCACGUCCGACGAACUGGCCGGCGACGAUAUGGACGUCAGGCAGCGGGAUCGAGAUCGGGAUCUGCUCGGCGCCAGCGAUUCGGAGCUGAGUCGCUGCUAUGUGAGCGAGACGAGUUCGCUGACCGGUGGUCUAACGGCCGGCGGCUACGAGAAUCCCACUUUCGCGCACUUUGCGGCCAAUGCGAAUAGAGAUGACGCUGUUUCCCUGGCCUCCGACAGCGUUUGUCUCGGCCAGCCGCGCCAUGCCUACGUGGAUACUUGCAGCGACAGCGGCAGUGCCGUGGUGGUGAUCUACGACCACCAGAUUCCCAACACGCCCGACAUUGAGUUCGUGAAGCAGAACUCCGAGAUUGUGGUGCUGCGGACCAAGGAUCCGCAGCCCCACGCGCUCCAGCUGCACGAGAUGCGCGAGCUGCAGCAGUUGCCCACGAAUUUAGCCGCUUCACCGGACUCCUCGCCGGACUCGGCCGCUGGCCAGGCGCCACCAACAGCAACUGUGGCGCCCGCCAAGCAGCGACUCUCCUCGUUUCGCGCCACCAGUGAGCAGCAGUUGCAACUCCUCGGACGCGGCAGUCCGCAAAGAGGUAAAACACCCAGUGAGCAGGCGGUACAGAGCAGACCACAGGACCAGCAUUAUCCACAGACACAUCAGCAGGAUAUUGAUGGCAGUAGUCCACCAGUAGAACUUGCAAGGCGCCAGCUGCCCCCCAAGCCCACAAGCUUGAGCGUUUUUAACGGCCCCCUCCCCACUGCGGGCGAUAGGCCUGUUGUGCCCCGAAAGUCGGAUUUUAAGGCCGAUCUAGAUGCAAAAAUACGCAGGCAAAAGCAGAAAGUUAAACAGCAGUUGCAGACGCAACAGCAGCAGCAAGAAACGCAGCAGCAGCAUCAGCAGCAAGCACCACAAGAACAGCAACACUCACCACAGUCGCCCCAAAACAGAAACUGUAAUGUCACUAAUCAACAAGCCGCCAAUAUUACUGCAUUUGCAUCUGCAACCGCAACAGCAUCCACAGACCCGUACCCGCAUCAAAAUCAUAGAAUGCCAAACCAAAAUCAGACAGCCACAUCCAAUCACAAGCAGUGCAAGACGUCCACAAUGGCAUUGUCACCGUCAUCACCUCGCGGCCAUCUGCCAUUAUCACCGUCAUCGCUAUCGUCAUUACCAUUACCAGCCACCAAUUCAUCACCAUCCAAUGCUCGGUCAUCGAUGUUGUCCGCCAGUGAACGACCACCACCACCACCCGAUCAUCCAUAUGUGUGCUCCAAUGCCCCAGCCAAUCCCCACCAUGCCAAUAGCAUUACCAAUGCCAAUGUCAAUGCCAAUGCCCAGCUCAAGCCGUGCAUUACGCCCCGGCCGGCUUCGUUGUCGGGAGGAGCAGCCAGCGGUGGCUCCACGCGCAUCGGCCGUCGCGCGUCCAUCAAUCAGGCCAAGCCACCGCCGCCAGUUAGACGCAGUUCGUCGGUGACCCCCAGUCCCAAUGCCUCGGUCGGGCUGCAGCAGCAACCACAGCACGCGACUCUGUCGCAGCAGAAUCACCAACUAAGCAGCUCCAGCGAGCACUUACCGCCGCCACCGCCAUUCAUGCUGGACGCCAUGGCCCAGAUUCCCAGCUCAGCUCUGAAAGUAUCGGAGACGGUAAGAGCCCUGGCAGCCAUGCGGCACCAGCCAGCAUCACCCGUGUCCCUCAGGCGCAUGCAGCAGCAACAGCAGCAGCAACAGCAGCAGCAACAGCAGCAGCUUCAGCAGCAACAUCAACAACAUGUGCAGCUGCAGCAACCCCUAUUGCAGUCUGCGCACAACUCCCCCUCGAAUGAUGACCUGACCGUAUUCCACGACUAUUUGGAUCUGCACGCAUAUGCCCAGGCCUUGGCCACGGGCCAACAGCCAGGCGGUCAGCAGAUGGCCAACCCGCAACGCUUUUUUCACCAGCAGCAACAUCAGCAUCAGCCACCGCCGCCGCCUGUCUAUCAAGUGGAUGCCACAUUCCGCACCUCAUCACCAGCCGCGGGCGGAGGGGGUGGCGGCAGCAUAUACGCCCAGCCCAAACUGGUCAACAGCAUGUCAAGCUUCCGCACCAGCAGCCCCAGUCCCAAUGGACAUGCUCACCCACUGCCACCGACACAGCCAAAGGCGAAUCCGAACCUAAUUGCACAGCUCAAUGCACGACUCAGCGGCAAACAGCAACAGCAGCAGCAGCAACAACAGCAGCAACAGGUCGAGGGGAUCUACGGCAACCAGCAGGCGCCCGGGGGAGAGUCCAUCUACAUGCGGAGUGGCUUGCCCAUGUCGCAGCCGCAACAGCAGCAACACUAUGACGGUAAAUCUGAACAAAUCCAGCUGCAGCACCAGCAACAGCAUAGAAUUUACGCUAGUUUCGGCACCUCAUCAUCACCAAUGUCAUCGGCCCAUACGGCCAGCAGCAGCAGCAGCACUAAACCGUCCAUUCUAACACCGACCACCUCUUUCAAUGCAUUGCCUCACUUUCCCCUGUCUUCAUCCACAUCAUCGUUGCUCUCCAAAGUCAGCUCAUUCUCGAACUCUUCAUCCGCAUCCCCACCAACAUUGGCAGCGGCCCCUGGUUCGGCCAAUUCGCAUUAUCAGCCACCGCAGCCGCCGAAUGCAGCAGUUGCUAACAGCAAAGACAUGGCCACCUACUCAAGUUCGUUUACCAAAAAUACAGCAGCUGCGCAAUCGCCGAACAUGAGACAGGCUCAUUCCCAUCAGCACCACCAACAGCCGCAGCAGCACUACACUUGUCCGCCUCCUCUGGAGGAUCCCCCACCGCCGCCCAUUUACGCCGCCAGUGCAUCGGCCACGAUGCCCAAGAAGGUUGCCCGUCCGCCCACUAGCCAGAACACGUCUCACUCGAGCGCCUAUGCAGCAGCCUCGUCCACGGCCACGCUGCCCAGGAAUAUGAUGCAGCACCAGCAAAGGUUGCAGCAGCAGCAGCAACAGUAUCAACAGCCAGCAAGUAUAGGCAUAGGCAUUGGCAACGGCAAUGGACACCUAGGUCAGCGUCCGCAGUUGCCGCUUCCCCAGCAGAAGCUUAGAGCUGCACAGCAGCAGCAUUUGGCGGAGCAGCAGCAGCAGCAGCAACAACAGCAACAUCAGCUGCAGCAUCAGCAACACCAGCAACGCCAGCCACCCAUUCCUUCACGCCACUCGAGUGUGCAGCAAAAGAUAUUCGUCUCUACAAAUCCAUUCAUACAGACAACGGCCGUCAAGUUUCACUCGCCCUCGGCCUCGCCCACGUGCGGCUCGCCCGUUACUGGGUCUGGGUCUGGGUCCUUGGCCAGCAUUUAUGCCACAACCUCGCGUGGCGGCCACCAUCACCAGCAGCAGCAGCAUCAGCAGCAGCAGGCUCAGCAGCAGCACUACUAUCGCGAUGCUGCUGGGGGGAACAGCAACAGCAACGGCGGCGCUGCCUACUAUAACCACAAUGCCCAUGCCCAUUCCCCGGCACAUCAUCCAAACUAUGCGACAAGCACAAAUAUCGAAAAGACUGGCAGUAUUCGGGCCAAGACCAAGGCCGAAUUCCUCGAGAAUCUCAACGCGAAACUGGCAAAGCAGGGAAUGUCUGGACGAGCAUUUGCCGUGCGAAAUCUCAUCAACAGUAAGGCCCUGAUGUAUCAAAAUCCACAAAAACUAUCGCGACCCAGUGCGCAAUACCGUAGACCACCCACCUAUCCCAACACCAGCACAUCCACCAAUGCCACUUGCGAAGACCAGUGCUAAGUGCUAAGCCGGACCCUCGCAUCUGUCACGAAUCGCUGAUGGAUCAAAUAAAGCGCGGAGCCACCUUAAAGCGUAACCAGAAGAUAAACGAUCGCAGCGCUCCCAAAAUACAUUGAAUUAACCUAUAGGCUUAAGCGAAGCAGCAUAUUUAUUACUAUAAUAAUAAUAAUUAAUCUAUGAAUAUCUAUGAGGCCGACGCCUGCUCGACUGCAGGGCUCUGCAGAGUUUGGUUUGAAACUGAAAACUCGAAACACAGCAUACAACUUAAAUACAUAUGAUUACAAUACAAUAUAUUCGAUAUACGAUAUUUAACAAGAGCAUUAAGUAUAACUGGAACUAAUCAACACCUUUCUUGAUUUCCUAUAUCCCAAAAAUGUGUCGAAAGGCUUUCUCUGUUAAGUGAAUACAAUAUGGAAGACAGUUAGCAGUCGUAUGUUUAUUUAUAUAUAAAACUCGAAUUUAGAGAACUUCUGUUUAAAGAUAUUUUAUGUUUAUGUAUUUCCCAUAUUUAUAAUUUCCCUUACUUAUGUACAUACAUAUGAAUAUGAGUUUAACAAUCACUCGAAACUAAUGUGACGCCUAAUAAAUGGAAUUUAUCGUAA